UGACCUGAAUAUUGUCAACAAAAACAUUACAAUUUGAUAAUUACUUUAUUUAUGUAAUUCCUAAUAAAUAACUUUUAUUUGCAGAUUAUCACGUAAAAUAAAUACCUACAAGCCUAGAAUUUUAAAAGUGAGAGACUUCUGCACGCGCAAAUUAAAUUUAACCUUUUAAAUUAGAUUCCUCGAAGUAUGUUGUAGUGGAAUAACAUUCUCUGAGUCCCAUUUAAUAAUAGUCUAAUUAGUUACUUGAAUAAAUGCAUUUUUACUUUGGAUUUAUUAUUGUGUAUGCGAUGUAUGCCUCUAUCUACUAAUGUAGUUAGAUACAGUUAGAUAGGUACCACCAUGGUACCACAGUACCACCUUAUAACUCUAUUUAAUUUAUGGACCUUUGAUACCACCUAUAGCACGUAUUUAGAAGCCAAUGAAGUGGACAAAGGAUAAGCACGUGUUCUGCCGAUUAAAGUUCAAAAAGAUUUCUAGACAAUUGUGUUUUUUGACAGCUGGACCCAAGCCUUCUUUUGACAGCUACUAUCGUUCCCAAAAAAGUUGUUAUGCUUGGGUCCCUUUGUUUAUUCUUCAUCAUUUAAAGUAAUUUAAGUUUUAAGUUGAGAUUUUUACAUUACUUGACUUGUGCUAUAAAUUAUGGAUGAUCCUGGACGUAUGAUGAGCCAUACUGCGCCAGGUCUGAUGCCUCCUCAACCUUACGGAAUGACCCCUCAAGGUGAUGCAUCUUCAGGAGACAAUGAACCUAGAAAGCAGGAUAUUGGUGAAAUUCUGCAGCAAAUAAUGAAUAUUACAGAUCAAAGUUUGGAUGAAGCACAGGCUAGAAAACACACAUUGAAUUGUCAUCGAAUGAAACCAGCUUUGUUCUCAGUACUAUGUGAAAUCAAAGAAAAAACUGUUCUGUCCCUUAGGAAUACUCAAGAGGAAGAGCCUCCAGAUCCACAACUCAUGCGGUUGGACAAUAUGCUGAUUGCCGAAGGCGUUGCUGGCCCUGAGAAAGGCGGUGGAGCUGGAGCAGCUGCUUCUGGCUCAGCUGCUGCACAGGCCGGUCAGCCUGAUAAUGCUAUUGAGCACUCGGAUUAUAGAGCAAAAUUGUCGCAAAUAAGACAAAUCUACCACCAAGAGCUAGAAAAAUACGAGCAGGCUUGUAAUGAAUUUACCACGCACGUAAUGAAUUUGCUCAGAGAGCAAUCACGGACAAGGCCUAUAACUCCCAAAGAAAUUGAAAGGAUGGUUCAGAUCAUUCACAAGAAGUUCAGUUCGAUCCAGAUGCAGCUGAAACAAUCGACCUGUGAGGCUGUAAUGAUUUUAAGGUCACGUUUCUUAGAUGCUCGCCGGAAAAGAAGGAACUUCAGUAAACAAGCUUCAGAAAUUCUAAACGAAUAUUUCUAUUCACACCUGAGCAAUCCAUAUCCUAGUGAGGAGGCAAAGGAGGAAUUGGCAAGAAAGUGUGGCAUCACUGUGAGCCAAGUGUCAAAUUGGUUUGGCAAUAAGAGAAUUAGGUACAAAAAGAACAUAGGCAAAGCUCAGGAGGAGGCCAAUCUAUAUGCGGCCAAGAAAGCAGCUGGGGCAUCACCUUACAGCGGUACCGCCACGCCCAUGAUGUCUCCAGCGCCGCAACAAGACUCCAUGGGCUACUCCAUGGGUUCGGCUUAUGAUCAGGGUUCGGCCUAUGACGCAAGCAGCUGUGGCUAUGAUCCGAUGCAUGGUCAAGAAUUGUCCCCUUAAAAGUACUUAUUUUAGGUAGGUUAUAGGACAGAUCUUUUUAGAUUUCCUUUUUGAAUGACGUCUAUAACUUUAUACUGUAUAAUCGAAAAAAAAACGGCGUUCAGUUGGCUUGAAAAUGACAGUCGUUGACCUUCCCUAUAUAAUUUUACAUAUAAAAUGACAGCGAUCUUUAUUUCAUAACCAUCGUUGACGGUUGGUUUUUUUAUCAUACUGUACCAUAUGGUAAAAAAAACGCGGCGUAAAAGGCGGCUGGGAAUGACAAUCAAUACCAGAACAUACUAAAGAAGAAUGCUAUAGUCUGUCCAACGAUAAGAUUCUUGACAGUGAUAGAUGUGUCUGUCAUUUUAAUUUCAAAGUAGUUUAUAUUAUUUUACAAAGAAAUAAGUUGGUACAACUGGAACUCAUAGCAG